UCGCAGAAGUUUAGUUCCGGCUAAGUUUGCGCCUCCCCGCCCCCUGCGCCAGGUGAGGCGACAGCAAGUUCCAAGGCAGCCUCGCCAGGCGCCUCGACUCAGUCCCGGAGGAGGGGGAAGAGGAGGAGGAGCUCCUGGCCCCGCCUCGGCCCGGGCGGAGUCGCCGCGGCUGCUGACUUGUUUCCCCGGGACGGAGUCACGCGCGCUUUUCCUCGGGGCUGCUUUCGUGCAGCCCCUUCGGGACAGGAUCGCCCAGCAGCCUGCGCGGUUCCCGCCCGCUGCGUCUGAUUCCGGGGAACCGCCUGGCUCGCCGGCGACUUGCCUGGAAGGGGGUCUCUGGAGCGGGGAAGAUGAAGUGUGUGCUGAUUACUAGUGAGGUGGCAGAGGUCCUGUUCUACUGGGCUGACCCAGAAUUCAUGGCGAUUCUGCACCAGCGUUUUGGGGGCCAUGAUCCAGGUGGUGGUGAGGCCCCCGCUCUGGAAGACAGCAUCAACACAUUGUUUGCACCCAUGAUCAUCUCCUGCACAACACUGCUAGAGAAACUAGGGGACACAUACACUUGCUUCUCCUCUGAAAAUGACGAACACCUCUAUGUGUUACAUAUGUUUGGUGAGUGCCUGUACAUUGCUGUGAACGGCGAUGGCUCUGAGAGUGAGGAUGACUUGCGCCGUAAGCUGUACGUGCUCAGGAGACUGGCUGAAGCUCACUUUGGACUAGUCACGCUUGACAGCCACCUCUUCCGCAGAGAGCUGCGCCCAGGGGAUUCUGAGCAGCGGGCUCACAUUUGGGGACUGUUCCAGAGCCUCCUUCAGACCCAUCACCAGCUCCGCCAGGAUGACCAAAGCUUUGCUGUGGAGGCCGUGGAGCGACUGAUCCACCCUCAGCUGUGUGAGCAGUGCAUUGAAUUCCUGGAGCGCCAGGUCGUGCAGCACAUCAAUGGCAGCCCAGAGCGUGCUGGACACGAAGUCGUGCAUGCCUUCCUGCUCGUGCACACCAAGCUCCUUGCCUUUUACUCCAGCCGGAAUGCCAGCUCUCUGCGGCCUGCCGACUUGCUCACGCUCCUCCUGAUUGUGCAAGAUCUGUAUCCCAGCAGCGCUUCUGAGGAGCUGCCAGCCUCCCAGGUACCUGCCCAGUUCUCAGAGGAUGAGUCAAGUCUCCAGAGGCUCCAUAGCAGUGAAAACAUCCCAAUGAACAGCCCUUGUUCCCAUGCAUCUUCCCAAGAACAGGUAGCAGAUGAUCUCUCUAUGCCCGAGGAGUUCUACACCCCCAAGGCUUCCCCUAGCCAACAGAGCACAGGAAGCACGGCCUGGGCUGAUGGUGUGGACUUUCAGGGUGAGGGGGAGACGAAUUCUGCUGACAUCCAGAUGGCUGAGGAUUCGCUGCAGUUUCUGGCGCCUCCAGCGCCAGAGGCUACCAAUCCGCGGAGAAUUUUCCUGGACGCCAACUUGAAGGAAGGCUACUGCCCCAUGAUGCCCCACAUGAUGUACUGCCUGCCUCUCUGGCCAGGAAUCUCACUGGUGCUCCUCACUAAGAGCCCCAGUUCCCACGUGGCACAUUCCAUCUACCAGCUGCUGGAUGGAUUUCUGGUGCUGGAGAAGAAGCUGAAAGAUGGGCAGGAGAUCAGGCCUCACCUGCGCUCUCAGCCGGUCCUCGUGGAACUCCGGCAUCGGAUGGACAACUUUGUCAGGAGGUUGGGUGGGCAAGAGCCACAGUUGCAGAAUACCUGGCUGGAAUUCAAGAACAGAGCUUUCUCUCGGAACGAGACUGGGAGUUCCUGCGAGCUUCUGCAGGCCUUCUGCCGCAUCCGGAGGCAGCUGUGCGCCGUGUAUCGGCAGCUCUUUCUCGGAUCCUCUGGGACGCAGGGCCUGCCGCAGAACUUGCUGGACCAGGUGCAGCAGCUGACACGGGACAAGCUGCAAGACUGGAGAGAUUUCCUGCUGGUGAAGAGCAAGCGCAAUGUUACCAUAGUGUCAUAUCUGGAGGAAUUCCCAGGGCUGGUGCACUUCAUCUAUGUGGACCGCACAGUGGGGCAGAUGGUGGCUCCGUCCCUUGGUGCUGCAGAAGACUCUGCUUCAGAGCUGGGCAAGGGGCCUUUGCCUGCCUUCAUCAAGCAGAAGGUGUGGUCCUUGGUGGCGCUAGCAAGAAGCUACUUGCAGAAGGGCUAUACCACGGUGACAGUCCGGGACGGAGACUACUAUUGCACCUACUUUCUUUGGUUUGAGAAUGAGAUGGGUUACAGGCUGGAGGUUACGGAAGUGCCGGUGCUUUCAGAUGAUUCAGCCCCCAUUGGGACAUUGGCCGGCGACUAUUACAGGAAGCUGCUCCGUUACUGCAGCAGGACCCAUGCGAACGAAGUGGUGAAGUGCUAUGAACUCCUCACCAUCCACCUGGGUGUUGUGCCAACUGAGUUUGUGAUCCAGCAGGCGUGUGACUUGGCCCGGCGACUUUGGGAGCCAACCCGCAUCCCCUUGCUCUAGGGGUUUCAAUUGCUGCCUCAGCGCCAUGCUAGGGACUCCACUU